AUGGACUACUCCGAUAACUCCAGUACUAUUCCCGAAAUCGUUGUGCUUGUCCAUUUCCGUCUUGUUGAAAGGUCGGCCCCUUUGGCUCGAAACCCCGCUCCGUUUUACUCCCAGCAGAAUAGCUCCACAGCUAUAUUUGUACUUCCCGGAAAUGCGACACUCGUUGAUUUUGAGGCUACUGCAGUUUCUAUGAUUGAUAAUGAUAAAUAUGGUAUUACAACACGGGCUAGAAAUCCCAAGACCGGGCUUUUAUUUUCUGUAGAUCUGAGCAAUCUAUUUGUGCAGUGGGCUGAUGUUCACGAUCGGCUUCCACCAUUAUGGAUUGGAAAUGAUCAAGAGUUUGAAAGGGCUUUGAGAAUGAUGGGGAAGAGGGGAUGGGUGGAUAACUUGAUCUACGAGAUAACGGUAAAGGGAACUGAGUAG